GGGUGGCAGAUGGUUACAACAUUUCUCUUGAUUUCCGUGAAUUUCAAUUAACAUCGAUAAACCUAUUAGAAACCAAUCAAACUUUUUCGUACGCAAAAGAUAUAGAUCGGAUACUGUAAGUGUUUGUUAUGCAAACAAAUCAAUUUCAAUAUCUAAUUUUUGUAUAUGUCUGCAGGUGUCUAUCGUCUAUAAUGUAUUGUAAUGAAGUCAAGCCAGAAUUUGUAACAUGUUCCGAAAAAGUAUGGAAUAAAAUUCGGCCAAGACCCUUAGUUCCAAAGAUGUUGCCAUCUGUCGUGCAUUUAAUAAUAAUUGAAUAUAAUAUGUUUUUAAACGACAAACAGUUAUUGGACAUAAAAUGGCAUGAAAAUUGGGUUAAAUGGAGUACAUUAUCAACAGACGAGGAUAAAUCCAUCUUCGAUUGUGCACAAGAAGUCACGAAAAAUUUUUUUACAUAUCUGUCUUCAGUGAGUUUCGAUGAGGAUAAAAAACUGGACGAAGAUACCUUCGUUCACCGAUAUUGUCAUAGAAUUCUCGAAGAAAUUUUUAGUAAAGAUGAUUUUUCAUUGAUCUGGGCAAAUGGAGAGUCCGAAAGUUCGAAAGAAAGACGAAUACUAGAUGGGAAUAAUCAUGGGAGGAAGCCAGAUUUUCGUGUACUCUCAAAGAUAGAUGACGUAAAUAUGGAAUUUUUAUUUGGCGAGAUUAAACCUCCGAGCAAUUCAACUUCCAUAAAUAAAGGUAUCAUAAAGUUGGCAGAAUUCACAAAAGGAUCGUUAGAUCUUAUUAUUAAUAGUUAUGGUUAUGUUGACGGUCUGGAAACAUAUGGAGUAUUGAUUUAUGGAAACGAAAUCAAGAUAUUUAGCAUGGAUUUAACUUUUGACGGUUUAUACCGUUAUAAUCAAUUAUCAAAAAUCUUGUUGCCAACGGAAAAUGCGAAUUUCUUAAAUAUAAUUACUGUAAUAUCUACCUUUUAUUCUUUAUUGGAAAGGAUAAGAUCCACCAUUGUAACUAUGAAUUCAUCUCAACCAUCAUCAUCCUCUGGUCACUUGUAUUGUCGAAAGUCGAAUUCGUCACCUAGAAAAAUUCGUGUACCGAUAGUUAGAGUUUAGUUAUGUUCACACAAAUUCAAAUGUUGACUUGAAAUUAACAGUAUUGUGCUUUUAUGUUAAUGUAAUUACUUAUAAUAUUGAUGUAUGUGUGCGCUAUAUGUAUAUUAAUAAAAAUAUUAGCAAUAUUCACGGUAUUAUAAUAUUGUCAGAUAAAUGCAUUGUAUUAUUUUGGUGAUUUUUGCCAUUUAUCUUUGCAACCUUGUAGUGAAUACUGAAAUAUGU